AUGAGCCCUCGACGCUCCUCCCGCGCCCGCUCCUCCCAGCAACCACCAUCUGGUCCAAACCACUCCAACUCCAGCUCCUCUAAUAAUGGAAAACCUGAUCGUGAUGCUCGAUCCAUCAAUCCUACAAACUCUCCUCGCCGGCCCUCCACCCAACGAUCCGAUUCGAUCGAUGCUCCUGAAUCUAGCUCACGUGCCGAGCAAAUUGCACCGCGUCGCAGUCGACGAAAUGGAGAAGAGAAAGAAUCUGCCACAAAUCCACAGGCUGAAAAUCACGAUGACAAUGACGUCGAUCCUGCUGAAGAGGAGGUCACUCGCUGUAUAUGUGAACAAGCUGAGUACCCUGGCCCUUCUGCCACCAUACGUCAGCAAGCCACCCAAGCAGAAACCCUGACCGAGGAAACCGGUAAUUUCUUUGUUCAGUGUGAUAGUUGCAGUGUUUGGCAACAUGGUGGUUGCAUGGGCUUGCUCGAAGAAUCCAUGCUACCGGAUGAAUACUACUGCGAGCUGUGCAAACCAGAAUUCCACAAAAUCAUAAAGAACUCAAACGGGCCCAAGUCAUCACAAUACUUCCCUUUUGUCGAGAACGCUUCUGCCACAUCCUCUCCUCCUUCCUCCGUUCAAGACCCAUCUCUGAAGAAAGACAGCAAGAAGCAACUUAUCGAAAAUACGAAAAGGAGGGCAACCAUGAACAGUCGGAGCACAUUCGAAGAACAAAUGUUCCUCAAUGUGAUUGAGGAAAGCAAGGCUCUAGGAAGGCUCGCUAAUGCUAAACGGGCCUGGGAAGGCUCACAAGACCUCAAUCAAAAUGUGAAACGCCUGCGGACUGGUUCCAACUCAUCCUCGACAGCGUCCAAGCACAGCGAGUCUCCAGAGCCCACUUCUGGCGAAGUAGCAAAUAAGGGAUCCUCAACUCAUCGCUCCUCUAACCAGACUUCUCGACGAGGCCCGCCUUCGAGAACUAACCGAGACAAGGAGAUCCGAGACAAACAGAAGGAGCAGCAGGCGGCACAGCGAGCGGAAGCCGCUAAUAAAAGGAAUGCUCGAUCCGAGCGCAGAAGAGGAGAAGACUCCCCUCCUCCAUCUCCAAGCGUCUCUCCUUCGAAAGCUGCGCAAGCCAAUGGUAAACCAAAGGCCGAGACACCGCCUUCUGGACGAUCCACCACAAAUCGCAAGACAGGACGCCCUCCUGCGAGAAGAGUCCGACUUGCCAGGAACCAGCAUACUCGCGAUACUGCCAAUGGUGAUGAUGGCUCGACGCCUUCAAGGGAUGUAGCACAUGAUGCUAGUCGACAUGGAGCCUCGCCUAAUGGAGCCAACGGUAUCAAUGGGGAAAGUGGACGGAGCUCCAAGGCGAAAACACACCCGGCCCGGACCAGUCUCAAUGAGAUGAAGCGACGGGUUGCAGCUAUCUUGGAGUUCGUGGGUCACAUGCAAACCGAAAGGGGUUCUCAGUCACAUCAUUCAAGUGGAAGUGCCAGCUCAAAAGGUGCCAAUACCCCCAAUGGGGUGAAAGGUUCCACGCUCCAUUUCCCUACCGCCAGCCUGGUCCGAGCGGUCGAGGCAGGACUCACAGAGUCAAAGACUGCGGAAGAAGAUGGCCAUGUUCGAUUGACGGACGAGCGAGAAUUUGCAUCCAUGGGCAGUGCAGAAAUGAUGGAAACUCUGACCCGGGAAUUGGUGCAGUGGCAGACAGUGUAUGGCACCUAUUCGAGGUGA